CUUUGCUGGCUGCCAGACGUUCUACUCCGCUCUCAGUCGACGAUUCUCCCACUUAAGAAUUAAAAGGUCGACGGCGAAGUUUCUUGUCAGAGGAACACAAUAUUCUCGGACUUUUGAUUUAAUCGGUGUCUUGUGAGAACAUUUUCAUGAUCGAUUGACUUUCAAUCACGUCAAAGUGAGAUAUUUUUUUCAGAAAUCAAACUUGUGUUGAAAAAAGAAGCAAAUAUUUGCUAUAGGUGUAUUUUGGAAUAUCAGUGCGAGGAAAAGUGAUUUUCUAUACGUUUCUCGAAUAUAAGCGCGUGUAUUCAAAUCGCUCGGGUGCAUAUUAACUUCUUAUCGCCGACACAGAAGAGGGGUCUUUUCACGGGGGAUUAAAGCACCUCAAAAGACUUACACAUGAUAGUGCAGUGAAUCGUAUUUUUUUGUAAUGUUCAUCCUUCAUAAAUCAGUAUCUUACCAAUUUUUAUUGUGAGGAUUACUUUUACGUCGCCAAAUAAAAUUUAUGGUGUGUGCCUUUUUUGUCAAGUGUGCUGAACGUGGAUUUCAUUUGGGAAUUUUACAGUGAGAUAUGUAAGAGAGACGAAAGCCCAAGAGAUAUACCUGUAAAGGAGCGCCAAGUGAAUUUAAAUCAAUUGCGAUAAAUCGUUUUGUUGUGGAAUUGAAAGAAGGUUCGUCUUCAGCGACAUAUCCCUCUGUUUACAAAAACUGUGUUGAGAGCAAAAACAGCCGAAGGAGAGGAACGAUUACUGAAGAUAAUUUAGCAACACAAAAUGACAGCAACUUCCCUUCCGGCGUGAAGAAUCUGCGGUGAAGUCUUUUGCCAAGCUCUGCACUUCCAUGGAUUCAAUUUAUAGAAACACCAUGGACAUACGGCACAGUCACAUAUUCCUCCUGACGCUCCUACACAUCUUGCUAAUAGUCUCAACGGUUUCUACGAGAAAGAUUCCAGCGUCAGACAGCGAGACCAUCUCUAUUAAUUUGGGACAGAAAAAGGUGCUUCGAGAAACAGUUCCAGUCUUCUCGAGGGUUGUACUUAAAUGCAGCUACGACAGUCCAUUGUGGUUUAGGAAUGCAUCACCACUUGAGCUAAACUCAAAGCAGACAAAAAUAAUCAAAUUCGAGAGGAUCCGCAAGGCAGAUGCGGCAGUUUAUGCCUGUCAUUCCGCACAGAAUGAAUGGUCGAAUCUCACACUAACUGUGGACAACAGAUCCCGAUCAGUGCCUGAGGAUGAUUCAAACUUCUCUGGAAAUCUUGAGAUUCAGUCUCAAAUAUCUGAAAACAUGCAAUUGGGAGACGACCUUGACUCGGAUGACUACUUCGACGAGCAAAUUAUUCAGACAUCAAAGGACGAUCCUGAUGAUCUCGUGGAUGCCUCAACAAGAUCACCAAUUCGUGACAACUCAUCAACACACCUUGUUGCUCCAUAUUUCAGCAAGCCAGGAACCUUGUCUCGGCUUUUGGCACGUCCAUCAGGAAAUAUGGUCAAAUUGAAGUGUAAUGCUGCUGGCAAUCCUGAUCCUAACAUCACCUGGACUAAGAAUGGAAAACCAAUUCAAAGAAAAUACGGACAGGUUAUCUAUAACAAGAGGUCAAUCACCCUUGAGGAUCUCAUCCUGGAAGACGCCGGAAACUACACCUGCAACGUUUGCAAUUCGCUGGGAUGCAUUAAUCACACCAUAGCUCUCAUAAUCCAAGAAACCAUAAAUCACAGACCAAUCUUUACACCGCAUCCCAGCAAUUUGACUCUAUCACCUGGAGCUUCCGGACAAAUUGAAUGCAAAGUGGUGUCUAGCCUUGGUUACGCUAUAGAGUGGUUGGAAGGUUUUUGUCAUGAUCCCAAAAAUUGUACAUCAUUGCUCAAAAAGUCGGAGUCUGAUAGUCCUGGAAUCUUAAAAUUAGAGAACGUCACAUACGAUGACGCUGGGUGGUAUACUUGUUUCGCAGCCAACACUUUAGGAGCCACCACGGCGAGCGCCUACCUGCACGUUGUGGAAGAGCCACCUCGAGUCACACCUAUCAGAAACUACAGCAUCUACACUAUAUGUGUAAUUGCCUUCUCUGUUCUCCUCCUCCUAUCGUCAAUCCUGAUUGUCUGCACUUACAAGAAGCUCAACCGGGAGAAAUUAAUUAUGAAACAUCGCAUGCAGACGGUCCAUCAGUGGAAUAAGAAAGUCAUAGUCAUCAAGCCCGCUCCAGAUUCUUCAAAUCCUGAUGCCGUUAUCGUACCUAUCAUCAAAAUUGAGAAACAACGUACGACACAGAUGCAAAGUGUGAACAACGAUCCUCAACCCAUCUCUGAAUACGAAUUCCCCAUGGACUCCAAUUGGGAGUUCCCCAGGAAUCAUUUGGUUCUGGGCAAAACCCUGGGCGAAGGUGCUUUCGGGCGUGUCAUCAUGGCUGAAGCCAAUAGUUUGGUCAAGAACGGCUAUGGAUCCGUUGUGGCAGUUAAGAUGGUGAAAGAAGGACACACAGACUCAGACAUGGCGAGCUUGGUUCAUGAAAUGGAAGUUAUGAAAAUGAUUGGGAAGCACAUCAACAUAAUCAACUUACUCGGUUGUUGCAGUCAAAAUGGACCACUCUACGUCAUCGUCGAAUAUGCGCCGCACGGCAAUCUAAAGGAUUUCCUCAAGAAAAACCGACCUCGAUCGGAGUUUGAGAUUCCAUGUGUUACCAAAACUGAGGCAGAGGAAUACGAUCCUGAUAAGAAGAACCUCACACAGAAGCACCUCAUUUCGUUCGCAUUCCAAAUUGCGAGGGGAAUGGAGUACUUAGCUUCUAGAAGGUGCAUUCACAGAGAUUUGGCGGCCCGUAACGUUCUCGUGAGCGACGAUUACGUAAUGAAGAUUGCCGAUUUUGGUCUAGCUAGAGACAUUCAGGACACAGAUUACUACAGAAAGGCAACAAACGGACGACUACCGAUCAAAUGGAUGGCGCCCGAGUCUCUGACAGACAAAUUCUAUGACACCAAAAGUGAUGUGUGGUCUUAUGGAAUUCUUCUGUGGGAAAUCAUGUCUUUUGGAGAGCAACCUUAUCCAUCAAUUUACUCUGCCGAUGAUCUCAAUAUUUUCCUACGUUGCGAUCAUCGUCUAGAUAAGCCUAAACGUUGCUCAAAUAACAUAUACAUGCUUAUGAGACAAUGUUGGCAGUUUAAUCCGCAAGAUCGGCCAAACUUCUCCCAACUGGUUGGCGAUCUGGACAAAAUCCUGAGUGCAACAGCUAACGAUGAAUAUCUAGACUUGGGUGUGCCUCUACUCGAGACACCCCCAUCGAGUGACGACGAAGAAUCCGACACAGAAGCUCACAGAGAACUGCUUCAUUCAAAUUUUUAAGUCCGAA